GUCCCUGCCUCGCUCCCUGCCUGCGUCCCUGCAUCCAUCCGUCCGUCCAUCCCUGCCUACCUGCCUCCCGUCCCGCCUUUCAGCAGCCCUUUUUGUAGCAGCUGAUUCUAUUCCGCCCCUCUCCCUUUUUCCUUUGCGCCCGCUGCAGGUGCGGCGGGCCUGGCCGGGAGCAGGGCAGGCCGCAGCCAUGCUGCCCUCCUUCAGUUACGUGACGGAGCACACCGGCUUCCGCGGCACCAUCAAAAACUCUCCGAGGGACUUCCUAGUGACAGAGCUCGAGGUGCCCGAACUCUUCCUCAGGGACGCCCGGGCUGAAUUGCUCCAGAAGACCAGCGAAGCGCCGCUGGCACAGGGCUGCCCGUGCCCGCGGGAGCUCAAAAAGCGGAGGACGGAGCCCCCCGGCCCGGGUGCCCCCGAGUGCCCCCGGGAUGCUGCGCCCGGGCCCCCGGGGCGCGGCCCAAGCCCGGCGGCAGGCGCAUCCCCCAGCAGAAAUGAGCGUGAGGGAGACCCCGAGCUGCAGUCCGGUCUCGGGGAGGCCCCUGUGCUGGAGUCCUUACUCGGCAAGCCCGUGAGCGAACUGCUCGGCAAAUUUGCUUGUGAUCUGAAGGAUACGUGGGGCUUGGAAAAAAACACUGAUGCUGCCACUAGGGAGUUCUCGCUAGGACCCAGGUUGGACAAGAAAAUUCGAGCGGAUUUACACAGUGCUGUUAGGCAGAAAUUCCCCUUUCUAGUCACUGUUACAAAAGACAAAGAAAUUAUUGUAAAAGAAAAUCCUGAUUACAGAGAACUUUGUCAGUUAGUGACUGAAAAGGAAACAAGUGAUUUCUUUAAAUUUUUAGAUGCAAAAAUAGAAAAUUCUACAUUUUCCUUUGAGCCUGAUGGAAACAAAGAGCACAGAAAAAUAGUUCACCACUUUAUCAACAGAAAGUUUGGAAAGCUUUUAGAAACAAAAUCUUUCACUGUGACAGAUGUCAAUGAUCAGCCAAAUAUGUCAAUAAUGGUACGGUUUCGAGAAAAAAAUUGGUCCAGAAAAAGGUCUGCUGGUGGUUUUCAGGAGAAGCAAGAUGUUUAUACAGCUUUCACCCUUCAGAAAGAAAACCUAGAAACGCUAGAAGCAAUCAGCUUGUUGGCAGCUGAACUUGAUGUUCUUCCUUCAGACUUCAGUUACACUGGCAUCAAAGAUAAGAAGGCUAUCACUUUGCAGCCUAUGGUUGUGAAGAAGGUGACUCCUGAGAGCUUGAAGGAAAUUGGAAACAAAAUGGAAAAAAAGGGUAUGAAAAUAUACAACAUCCGUCCAGCAUGCCAGCACCUCAGACUUGGUCAGCUGAAGGGCAAUCACUUUGACAUAGUUGUGAGAGAUCUCCAACACCACAGUCAUGACUCUUCUACAGAUCUGAAGGAGAGAAUAUCUGAAGCAAUGGAAAGUGUUGAGAUAAAAGGUUUUGUGAAUUACUAUGGACCUCAGCGAUUUGGGCAAGGACAAAUUGUUCAGACAGAUCAAAUAGGAUUGGCUUUACUGAAUGAAAAAAUGGUGGAAGCUGUGAAGUUAUUUUUCACACCCGAAGAUACUGAUGAUCCUGUAAACAAUGCAAAAAGAUACUUUCUUCAAACUGAAGAUGCAAAGGGCACGCUUGUGAUGCUGCCAGAAUUUAAAGUAAGAGAGAAGAUGUUGCUACGAGCUUUAAAUCGCUACGGUGUAAAUCAGGAAGGUUGUACCAAAGGAUGGCUCAACAUUCCUCACUCGUUGCGCAUAUUCUAUGUCCAUGCUUAUUGCAGUAAAAUUUGGAAUGAAGCAGCAUCAUAUAGGCUGAAGGCUUAUGGCUCAAAAGUGGUUGAGGGUGAUCUUGUCUUCUCGGAAGAAAAUGAUGAAAGCAUUUCCCUGAAUGACAAGGUUCAUGUAGUCACUGCUUCAGAAGAAUCAGCUAACAAAUACUCUAUAUACCAAGUGGUUCUUCCAAUGGUGGGACAUAGUAUCAAGUACCCCAGUAAUAAAGUUGGACAAUGGUACCAUGAAAGGCUUUCUAAGGAUGAGCUGGAGUUGUGCAAAUUCAGAGUGUCUCCGUUGCAGCUGAAUAUACCUGGAUGCUACAGACUCAUUUUGAAAAAUGUUCAGAAUCUCUCAUAUUUUUUGGAAAGUAGUGAAAAAGAGAUCAAAACUGAGGACAACCAUCUGAAUGAUUUAAAACUCUCUCUUCAUAUAUCAUUUGACCUUGAUCCUUCAUGUUAUGCAACAGUCUGUCUGAGAGAAAUAAUGAAAUGUGAUUUUUAAGAUUCCACUUAAUGAAAGAUUGCAGGAAUAUUGUACAAAGUUGGUAUUUUACAUGUAAUGCCAAGAACAUAAGGGAGAAUAACAGGUUUAACAUGUUAACAUGUUCAUUAACAUGAACAGGUAAAAUUUGUAGAUUUUGAUUCAUACAGAUAAGGAAAAAAAAUAUUGCCAAAAUACUUUGGAAUAUUUCAAAAUCAUUCCAAACUCUAAAUGGAUUGAAUUAAUUGGAGUAAAACUCUUACACCAGGCUGGUCUAAUAUAACUUAAAGAAACCAUGGGCAGCCAGCGUGAAUUUCCUGUUUGCGUAGACAUCUGGCUUACAAAAAGCCCUGGAAAAGUAUGUGCAGCAAAAAAAAUGUAUCUUGUAAUUCAUAGUAAUUUUAUAAAUGUUUUGUAAUAAAUGCUAUUCAAGCAAUAACGUUACAAGUUUACAGCCUAAAAGUUUCUAACUAAAAAGUUGUUGUACUGAGGUUUCCUUAAUAUAUUGUGUUUCGCUGUGUUCAGGUACUUAAUGUUAAAAUGUUAAAGUCCUGAGUCAGCAGUGACAAGUUGUUGGUUGCUUUAUCAGACAUUUGGUGAAUGCCUAAAAUUAAGUUAAUGCUGGUGAUUUCAAGAUUCAGCUGGGAGUGCAGCACUGACCAAAGGUAUAUUCCACACCACCACCAAGUAUAUAAACAGGUAUAUAAACUGAAGGGAGUCACUUGGAAAAGGAGCUGAUCUGGAUUUGGGAAGGGAGGUCUGGCAUCAAACUGAGGGUGGUGAGCAAUUGCAUUGAUCAGCACAUACAUUUUCCCUUUUUAUUGUCUUUAUUACUAUCCUUGUUUUGUGGAGGCAGUUAAACUAGGGACCAGAGACCUCUUCCAACCUGGGUUGCCUGCAGAUGGCAGCAUAACUUAAAGUAGGAAGGUCUACUCAUUUUUAUUGAGCAGGAAUUAAUGAUAUAAAUUGAUUUCUGUUUUUUGCAUCAGUUGAUAAAAUGAUUGCAUCAUUUUUCAGAUGAUGCUAGCAGCUGAAUAUGAUAAAUUUCCCAAGCUUGAGAAUGAUAGGAAUAGGAAAAAUAGAAAUAAAGCUCACAUUUCAAUGUAUGUAUAAAACUGUGCAGCAACGAAAGAUCCAGAUAAUUCUAUACCUUAAAAAAGAGUGUUACUCUGCAAGUCUGUGUCAGUAAUUCAAAAUUUGAUCCUUAGCUUUUAUAUGAGGAAUUAGACUGUAAUGCACACAAUAGCUACAAAGCCCCUGCAGGUGUCUUACAAUGCUUAUUCUAUUACAGUGCUUACUCCACAUCUCACAUUUAUGUUAUACAGGCAAAAUUAUAGAAAAAAAUCAAUUUCCCUGCCAUGACCCAACUGAGUCAACUUUCUUCUGUCUUUGCUUUUCAGUAUCACUUCUUCUGUCUUCUACCUGCCCUUAAAAAUCCCCCAUUUUAGAAAAUUAUUUUUAACUGAAGUAAUUUUGGUACAGCACAGUUCAAAAAGAGUUGUCUCAUCAGUAUGGGCAUGGUAAAGUGCUCCAGUGCAGACAGGAAGCUGCACGCAGUUACAAUGAGCAGAAGAAAUAAACUAGCACUAAACUUCUAUUUAAGGAGACUAUUGUGGUCAUCAUCCAUGUGGAUGAAAAGAACCUUGAAAACCAUCUGAUGGCAUACACGAUUUGUAUUAAAAGUUGAGCAUUGAUUUGGAAAAACACAAAAGGUCAGCUUUAAAGGUUUUUGACUGAAAGGCACACUAUUUCAAAAUAAAGGAUCAGAAGAUGGUGUUGAAA